AUGGCCAGCGAGCCGUGGUUCGAGGGUCCGCUGCUCCCGGGGGUCCCCGGAGAGACACCGCCCCCCGAAGGCCUGGAGCCCCCCGGGUCUCAGCCCCGGGAUGCUUCGUGGUUGACGCCCCCCGUCCCACCUGGCCACUCACCCGAGGCGGACGCCGAGGACUCCCGAGGGCCGCUGGCCGAGCCGGCGCCCCUGACGCCUUCGCCCCCCGGGCCGGCCCCUGCGCGCUUCCCCUUAGAGGCGCUUUUCAGCCCCAUCACUGAGCAGCUCCGUUACCUGCUUAAGAAGGCGGAGGACUUCCAGAGCUACUUGCUCUACAGCAGGGACCGCGUGCAGAAGGAACAGCUGGCCAAGGCCAUGCCCACCUUCCUGCAGCUGUGUGAGCCAUACUUCCUGUACCUGGAGGCGGCGGCGCGGAGCGUGCCCCCCAUCUAUGGGGGCCUGCAGGAACUGGUCCGAAAGGGGCUCUUAGACAUCUCCCAGCAGCUGACGCUGAGGCUGGAGCAGCUGGUGCUCAUGUAUGCCUCCUUUGGCUUCGUGGACCUGGAGGAGACAGACCCCCUGAGCAUCUCCUGCUUUUUCUGCGGACGGUUCUCCCUCAGCCCUUCCCACGAGGUCUCCAUCUUCCGCUACUGCUCGCCGGCGGCCUACACUGCCAGCCGCUUCCCCCGGUACCUCUAUAAGAAGAUGCGCUGGAACCUGGAAUGCACGCCGGAGCCCAGCCGCCGGGAGCGGGAACCCAGCGUGGAUUACUAUUUCCUGUGCUACCGGGACACCUGGGAAGAUGCAGGUCAGAGUCCAGCCAACUCUUGCCCGCAGAUCCAGAAGCUGUGGUCCAUCGGGCGGUGGGUGCCCCUUGGGCCAGCAGAGGAUGACCUUUACUCGUGGAUUCUGUGUCCGCAGCCGCCCGGGGACUACCAGCAGCUGCUGACCAUCGGGUUCGAGGAGCCGUCACACAUGCUGGCCACCGACCUGCUGGUACAGAUCCUCACGGGCCAGGCCGGCCCGGCGCGGCCUCCAAGCGCAGGCGCGCCGGCGGCGUGGACCGCGCUGGGGUCCUGAACCCCAAGCCUGGCGCUUGACAGCUGCGGAGUCCGGGGUGGAGGGUGAAGAGGGGAGGGGCUCACUUGUUCUCCCGGUGCAGCUCAGCCGCGCCGUCCCGGGGGCCUGCCCGGGCCCGGCCGCUGCGCUCUGCGCUUGGACACAGCACUUUGGCGUGAAAUAAAAGAAAGAAGUCGCAAGCUCCGUGUCCGCUCGCCGCGCCGCGCCCCGCGGAGGCCCCGCCCCCAGCUGUGCGCGCGGGGCCUUCUGGGAAAUGUAGUCUCCGGGAGCCGCGCUCCGGUGAGCGGCCUGGGCGGGUCGAGGCAUGCGCAGCAGGCGCGCGUGAAGCCGAAAGGGAAGUAGCGGAGCCUGUCAACAACCGGAACCCAGAAAACCGCAGGUUUCGGGCCGCCGGGAAAUUCCACCCCCACUGGCGGACGGCGGAGGGGAGGGGCCGACCGCCGGGGCCACGCCCAGCGUUUGACCCGGAAAUGGUUGCCGGUGCCGCUGCCCGCCGCUCCGGCGUUUCCCGCGAGCGAGCACGGCUCCCGUCCGCCUCUCGCUUCUCUGGGCUCGUAGCCCGCCGGGUGUUCCGGUCGCCGGCCGCGUGGGGAGCUCCAACUCCGACGGGACGCGGAACGCAGGAGGAGAGACGUGAACUGUCCUUGUGCCGCGGCUGCAGCGAGCAGGUGGUGGAGCCCGGAACGGGGUUGGAGUUCUGCGAAGGCAGAAGAGUCCUUGCAGGUUCAGCAUCCAGCGUCCCCCGCACUGAACCAAGGAACGCGUCUGGGUGUAUCUCCGGCCCCACGGGAGCCUGGGGACUCGCCUGGAGCCCGGGCUUGGUGCUUCGGAGCCAAGCGCUGAUUUAGCUGAUCUGCCGGGUCUUUGGUAGGAUCUUGGAUUUCUGCACGAAAACCCACGCAGAGGGAGACAGGAUUGCAAACUUGCAGACUGCCGUCAGACUCCGGGCAGCGGCUCCAGAGGGCAGUAGGGAAGGCGCGCGCCUGGCAAGCAGCCGACCUGGGUUCCGUCGCCCCCGGACACCAUCAGGAGGAAUUCCUGAGGCCCCCGAAAGGAACCUAUCCUGGUUCUAAAAAAAUUGUGAAAGUGGCAGGGAUAUGGCUUCGAGGUAGAGUUGAUGCUUCCCUAGGGUGAGGCUCUGGGUUUGAUCCCUGGUCUGCUUAAAAAAAAAAAAAAAGAAUUUUAAUUUUUUGUUUUGGAAGGGUCACACCUGGCGCUCAGGGACUGCCCCUGCUCAGUGCUAAGGUAGGCCUCUAGGCCAUGUAGUGUCAGGGGUAGGAACUGGCCCCCCACGCUGGACACAUGCGCCCCAGCCCCACUUUAUUUAUUUUUUGGAGAUGGAAUCCAGGGCUCCUGCAGCUGCAGCAAAGCAUGAACUCCAUCGCACUGGACCAUCUCCCUCACCCCUAAAUAUAUCUAUUACAGACAGAGAGAGGGAUAGGGGCUGGUGAGACCUUGGAUUUGAGCCAUACAUUCACAAAACAUAAUCAUGUGGCUAUUCUAAAGUGACCAAAAUAUGUAACUUCACCCUUUUUUCUUUUUGCUUUUGUGCCACUCUUGGCUGUGCUAAGGGAAUCACUCCUCGUGGGUCCGGGGGACUCCGUGGGCUAGCAGGGGUCAGACACGCGUAAGGCAGGGAGCCCUAGGCGGGCCUGGAGGUUUCUAGGAGCCACAAUGUAGGAGAAAGGUUGGGGCAGAGCCUAGCCUUUGCAUAUGGGAGCCCCUGGUUUGGUCCACCAACAGUUGCGGUCUCACAGUCCUGGGCUCUGUCCCCUACCGGUCAGGGUCUCAGAGCAUCAACCAGUGUGGCCCAGAGAUUGCUUUGUUUUGCUUUGGGGCCCCACACAGCGACACACUCAUGGCUCUCGGGAAUCCCUCCUGGCCCAUCGGAUGCAAUGUUCGAGGCAGAUGCCCUACCCUGCCUUACUCUUUAUACUAUCACUUCGGCCCCCAGAGUUUUUUUUUAAAUGAGAAAGGUCAGGCCACCUGUAGGGCCAUUUUGUUUGUUUUGGCUAUACUGGUGGUGCUCAGAGCUCUACACUUAGGGCUCACUCCCAUCAGUGAUGGGGAUCCUAUGUGGUACCAGGGAUCAAUCCUGGCACAAGGCAAGCGCCUUCCCUACCCUACUAGCUCUCUGGCCUUUUAGCAACAUUUUUUACCUUGUACCCACUAAAUCCAGAAUAUUUCAGGAUAAUCCAGGUGAGAACUUAAGAAAUUUUCUUUUUGGUUUUUGUUUGGGGCCACACCCGCAAUGUCAGGGGUUAUUCCUGAUUCUGCACUCAGGAAUUACUCCUGACGGUGCUCUUGGGGACCAUAUGGAAUGCCAGGGACUGAACCCUUGUCGGGGAUGGAAUUCAGGUUGACUGUGUGCAAGGCAAUCACCCUAUCUGCUAUACUAUCACUCCAGCCCCUUCAGAAAUUCUUUUGUGUGUGUGUGUGUGUGUGUGUGUGUGUGUGUGUGUGUGUGUGUGUGUCUCACCCAGCCAUACACGGGUUACUCCUGACUCUGCACUCAGAAAUUACUCCUUUUUUUUUUCUUUUUGGGUCACACCUGGCGGUGCACAAGGGUUACUCCUGGCUCUGCACUCAGGAAUUACCCCUUGCAGAGCUUAGAGGACCAUAUGGGAUGCUGGGAAUCGAACCUGCGUCGGCCGCGUGCAAGGCAGACACCCUACCUGUUGUACUAUCGCUCCAGCCCCUCCUUAAGAAAUUCUUGAGUUUGCUUUUCUUUCCUUGUUUAUUUCAAUAUUAAGUCCUUGAUAUCUGGUUGUUAGAUUUGGGGGCCCGCACUCAGCUAUGCUGCAGGCACCCAGUGUUCUGCCGACAGCUAAAGCUGGAGUGGCAGAAGACCCCUCACAUGCAAGCCCAGCACCCCCAUGUCCUGUUUCCGGGCCCACGUUCCCCCAUCUGCCCACGGCGAGGAAAUCCCGGCUCAGACAGCUCUGCACGGCUGCACAGUUCGAGGUAGGCUCCUUUCCACAGGCAGUGGCCGUCACAGGCCACAGACACCAACAUGCUGGUGCCUUGCUCGGAAACUAUCUCCUCGUAGGGACUAUGCUCAGACCCGCCAGCCUAGGCGUCACCCGUUAGGCCAGAUGGAUUUGUGGGGUCUGGGAUGGGUCAGAGCCCGGGCCUUGCUUGGCCACUGUCCAGGGCACCCUCAGGAGAACCAGCUGCCCCCUGCCUCAUGGGCACCGUGCAGGCUCCAGGUCAGAACCCAAGGAUGGAGGUGGGGAUCUUGAUCCCAUGCUGGUGCCAGGUACCGGGCAAGGGCUGCCUUGGGCUCAUCGCAGGAGGGAAGGAGCAAGCUCCGCCCCCAGCCUGGCAGCAGAAUCCACUCUGUGACCUGCUUCCUUGAUCCACUGUGGGGCCUGAAAAUGGGUUCUGGCCUUGCAGCCAAGUCAUGUUAGACCUCUGGCACCCUACCCUAAAAUAAAAUUUUCAGAAAGUGUGCUCUGGGGCCAGAGCAAUAGUGCAGCAGGGCAUUUGCCUUGCAUGCUGCGGACCCAUGUUCUAUCCCCAGCACCAACCAGGAAUAAGCCCUGAAUCUAGCUCCCCCUCAAAAAGGGGAUUCUAUAGUACAGCAGGUAGGAUGUUUGCCUUGGACUCAGAUGAACAGGGGUCAAUCCCCGGCAUCCCAUAGAAUCCUGAAUACCACCAGGGGUUGACCCAAAACCAAAAAAAGAAAAACGGUGGGGGACUGGAGUUAUAGCACAGCAGGUAGGGCGUUUGCCUUGCACGCAGCCAACCCGGGUUCAAAUCCCAGCAUCCCAUAUGGUCCCCUGAGCACCGCCAGGGGUGAUUCCUGAGUGCAUGAGCCAGAGGUGACCCCUGUGCAUUGCUAGGUGUGACCCAGAAAGCAAGAAAAAAACCGGUGGGGUUCUGGGGGGUUGUUCAGCAAGUAAGGCAUCUUGCACACAGCCAAACCUGGUUCAAUCCCUGGCACCCCAUAGUAUCCCCCAGACCCCACCAGGAGUGAUCCCUGAAUACCACCAGCUGUGACCAAACCCUGCACAUCCUCAGCCAGAAGCACCGUGGGGUGUGUCCCCAAAGCCAAGAAAAACUCCGUAAGAGGAAAUAGGCUGGAGCCAUAUACAGUGAGUCAGGCUGCACACGCCCGACCCGGGUUCCAGCCCUGGAACCGCAUACAGUCCCCCUAAGCACCGCUGGGUGUGGCCCAAGAUAAAUAGUACUCCCCCGAGAGCUGAUACGGGGUGAAGUGCUUGCCAGCAGCAGCCCAGAUCUGAUCCCCAACACAAGGGGGUCCCCAUGGAAGCCGGGUGUGGCCUGACCUCCACCAUGAAAUGAAGUAAAAACGUUUGCAGUAGCCGCAGGGGGCUUUGUUUUUGUGUUUUGGAGGAGGGGCUCACAGGUCCUGCUGGGAGUUUGGGGCGUCUUGGAAAUAAGGCUCCUGUUUGCCAACGCAACUCCCGGGAUCCUGCGAUUUUGCUUUCCCAGCUAAGGAACUGGUAUUCUCACCUGCGCCCCGCUAUUUUUUUGCGGGGGGCAGUUAUUGUUUACGUCCUCAGGGCAGGACAAC